CAUUCAGUCACACACACCUCUUCAAAGUUGAAAGUUGAAACCCAACCCUUCUUCGUUAUUAUCGCCCAUCACCUUAUAUUUAAACACCAACACUUCACAGCAAACACUCCUCACACUUCACACCAAAGAGAUCAACAAUGGAAGGAAUUGAACACAGAACAGUUGAAGUGAAUGGCAUCAAAAUGCACAUUGCCGAGAAAGGCAAAGAAGGACCAGUUGUUUUGUUCCUUCACGGCUUCCCUGAACUCUGGUACUCAUGGCGCCACCAGAUUGCUGCUAUCGGUUCCCUCGGUUACCGUGCCGUGGCUCCAGAUCUCCGUGGUUACGGCGACACCGAUGCUCCAACCUCGGUAAGCAGCUACACAUGCUGUCAUAUAGUAGGUGACAUUGUUGCUCUCAUUGAUUUACUCAGUGUUGAACAAGUGUUCCUUGUGGCUCAUGAUUGGGGUGCUACCAUGGGUUGGUAUCUCUGCAUGUUUCGUCCCGAAAGAAUCAAAGCCUUUGUGUGUCUCAGUGUUCCCUUCCCCCGUAGAAACCCUAAAAUCAAAACCAUGGAUGCUAGGCGUGCUGCUUUUGGAGAUGACUAUUAUAUGUGCAGAUUUCAGGAACCAGGCAAAAUGGAAGCUGAGAUGGCUGAGGUUGGCACUGAAUAUGUGCUGAAAAAUUUCCUCUUAGCUCGGAAACCUGGUCCUCCAAUAUUUCCAAAGGGAAAAUAUGGAACCGGAUUCGACCCCGAUACCCCGGACACUUUGCCUUCUUGGCUCACAGAAGAAGAUCUUGCUUAUUAUGUCUCCAAAUUAGAGAAAACCGGCUUCACUGGAGGAUUGAACUACUACAGAAAUCAUAACUUAAAUUGGGAGCUCAUAGCACCAUGGAGUGGAGUCAAAGUCAAGGUGCCUGUGAGAUUCAUUACUGGUGAGUUAGACAUAGUAUACACCUCGCCCGGCACGAAAGAGUAUAUUCAUGGUGGAGGAUUCAAGGAAGAUGUACCAAAUUUGGAGGAAGUGAUUGUGCAAAAAGGCGUGGCUCACUUCAACAAUGAAGAAGCUGCUGAGGAAGUCAGUAAUCUCAUUUAUGACUUCAUUAAGAAGUACUAGUUCUGAAGCAGCUAUUAGCUAGAAGUUUUGUCUGAAUUGUUUUCUAAUAAAAUAAUUUAGCUGCAAUCUAUGCUACUUUGUAGUCUUGAUUGUGCUAUUAUGGAAACUUUGAUGUUCCAAUGAACCGGAGAUUUCUUUGUUAUGUUUUCUAUGUUUUGGACCUAGAAUAUGUUUUUGCUGUAUGAUCUCAAAUUAACAUCAGAAUUCAGAACAUAUUCGGAUUA